GCUUGACAUCUAGAUGGGACAGAGACACCAUUAGGAAACCAAACAAAAUAAGGAUCUUUCCUUGCCUUUUUCAUUGAUUCAUCAGCCAAAAAUCCAAAACCAAUAGCAACCAACAAGUCCAGUUUCAAAAGCCAUCACCAAGAAGAUUUAAGAAACCAAGAAAUGAAUAUUCAAAUAGACUAAUAAAGAUAGAAUUUUGUGCACUUUCUUUCGUAUCAAAUAGGGAAAAAGACCAUUUUUUUUCAUUUUUGCGAAGUUCUCAAUCAGGUGAACUACCCCUUUUAUGUUAUAAGGAUUCAUCAACCUCAAGAUCAUUAAGAUAACAGAAUCAAGAAAAGAUGAUGACAAAUUUUGGCAGCACAAGUUCAUCUAGGAGAAGAUCAAAAUCAAGAAUCAAGCAGCAGACUGAACCUCCCUCUGAUUAUGCAGCAACCCCUCAACGUCCAUCUUCACUUGAGGUAUCCAAUUUGUCGCCUCAUUAUAUGAAGGCAACAAGUUCUUUCGAAGGGAAAAAAGGUCAUAUUCAGGCAAGUCCUCAUAGUUCUGAAUCUAGCUUUGAUAGUAGUGAUCAAAGUUGGAGUCCAUCUAGUAACAAGUCUAGUUCUAAAUCCAAGAGGUCUAACUCGAACUGCCAACAAGUUUCAGUUAAGUCAACUUGUUCUUCCACUCUCAAGGAUUCAAAGUUCCCUCAACGUGUGGAAGUUCAUCCUGGACAAAGUGAAUCAGACAGGAUUUCAAAAGUGAAAGUUUGCUCAUACCAUCACUGUUCACUCAAUAGACGCUGUGAUGAUCCAUCGGCCCCUAUAAAACUCGUCUUUAGAAAGAGAAGAGUCUUAAAAUCACAGAAAAGCAUUAGACUUGAAGGUGAGUCCACAAAUGCAGAUCACUUUUCUGCUGAUGUUACUAGUCUUGGUGCUCAAGUUCACAAGGGAAGCAACCUUAUACAAGAUGGUGGAGUUUUCGGAGUAAAUGAGGCUAUUGAGUAUGCUGAUCUUGUCGAGAUUGUGUUUGGUGAAACUUCAUUUCCAGAGAGAAGUUACCAGGAGACAAUUGACAUAAUGAGGAAAUAUUCUGCACAAGAGCAGGACACACUACUUAACACUACUUCAAAGUGUUGUAAUAGUAUGGAAAGAGAAUGGGAUGAAUCCACUUCUGUUAGUGAUUAUGUAGAAUCAUAUGAUCAGAGUGUAACGACACCAGUUUUUCGCAAUGAUGAGGAAAGAGAUGCUGAUUUCAAUGUCACCACAUGUGAGGAGGAAGAAAAUAUCAAAAAAGAAAUGUCUAAGAAUGAACCAUUUGCCAUAAGAACGACAUCGUUGACAGAUGAUUUUGUUGAAGCAAAAUGUUGCACUGAGUUUCCUUCUGCUUCAGCUAGCAUUGCUAGAAUGGAACUCGAAGAGAGUUUGCAAGAGACAGAUGGAAAAGCUAAUCCAACUGAAGAUGUUGAUCCCAAUGCCUUGGCCAAGAAGUUGCAUGUAGCCCAGUUUCCUAAAGAGAAGCAUAGGAGCAUGUGGAGCCUGUUUCAUAGACAUAUGAUUUCGGAUGAAUCUACAGAACUGGAUAGCAAAGUUAUCCGUGGAGAUGAUGAAGAAUAUCACAAGGAUGGGUGCAACAAAUCUUGUGCAGCAGAAAGUUCUGAUUCAUUUUUGAGUUUUUCCGAAAGAGAGUCAAUGACUACAAAUCAGGAUGCAAAUAGCCAGGAGAUUGAAGCGCGAAAGCUUUUAGCCAUUAAGCUAGUACGCGAAGCAAUCGAGAGAAUUCUUCUUCCAGAAGUUCAAGAUCAGUCAUCAGAUAAUCAAUCAGUAACAAGUGAAGUGUGUACCGAAGAAAACUCCAACGAGUCAGACACCAAGAACGAGGAAUGUGAUAAGGCAGGAAAUAUAACCAGAGAAAACACGGGCAGCCCUGAGAAACAGGAAAACGAAGAACAAGUCACGAAUAAAGCUGAGAAGAAAGCGCCAACACACUGGAGCAAUCUUAAAAGAUGGAUUCUUCUCCAACGAUUCAUCAAGGAAUUGGAGAAGUUGAGAAAAUUCAACCCAAGGAAGCCGCAGUAUCUGCAGCUGGAGCCUGAUCCUGAAGCAGAAAAGGUUAAUCUGAAACAUCAGAUAGAGGAUGAGAGGAAAAGUGCAGAAGAAUGGAUGCUUGACUAUGCACUACAGCAGGCGAUAAGUCAGCUUGCUCUGACUCAGAAAAGAAAAGUAGGACUACUUGUAACCGCUUUUGAAAAUGUGGUUCCUCCUCGAGGCAGUAAUAUCCAGGUUACAUUUCCUAAAUUGAAAACUAGAAAUGACAACAAUUUGCAAAUUGCAGAUAAAGUUCGUGAAAAGUAUUCAACGCGCUUAGACAAAAGGAAUGCAGAUGAUAACUGGUCGAUGUUAGAAUAUGAUGAUGCUCAAAAGGCCCUCGUCCUCUGCCAGAAGUUGGAUGAAGUCACAAGCACUUCGAGUGACAAGGUAUUGGUUGAAGAAAAAGCUAAGCGACAAGCUAAGGAAGAUGGACGUUCAAAGUUGGAACGUGAAGCUCGGAUUAAUGUCUCAAAAGCAAGUCACAAAAAAGAGAAGUUUGGUGAUUCAAAUGAUGAUUCUCUAAGAGGAACAUCUUCUACUAUCACAAAAUUAGGCAACAACAGUGAUGAAACACAGGAAAAUAACAUGGAUCUCUCUGAAUGUGAGGCCACGGAGAGUAUUACUGCAUCCAGUGAUGAGAACAAAAAGUUAACAGAAGCAGAAGACGAAGAUGGAACAAACAGAAAACAGGUGAACAAACAAAAGCACAUCAGCAUGUGGCACAUGAUAUCACAGCAGAUACUUCCAGAUGUUGUAUCAAAAGUAGGGAGUGAACUACUUGACGGAACAAAUGAUGAGGUAGACCACAACAAAACACUAGCUGAAACGAAUACGGACAGUUCUCUUCACGAUUUCUCUGAAGAAAAGGAUGAUAUAAGCCACUGUGGGAGAAGUUUCAGCAGAAAUGAUGCUGUCAAUCUCAUAAGAGAAGCAGUUAGCCAGAUCCUAACAACACCGACUAAAGAUGAUUCAUCUGAUACACAGAGUGUUACUAGUGACAUUGUUCAAGAUGAAGAACCAGGAAAAACUGACCAUACAGAAGCCGAAAAGCAAAAUAAUACAAAUUCACUUUGCGAAAGCUUGAGACAUUGUGACAGUCAACAAACAAAUGAACUUGCUGCUAAUAAUACAAUCACCAAGAAUAAAUUUGAGCCACCAAAGUCCAAGAAUUGGAGCAAGCUGAAGAAAUUGAUCCUCCUUAAGAGAUCAAUAAAGGCACUGGAAAGAGCUCGGAAACUCAAUCCACAACCCCCUCAACUUCUCCUUCCCUCUUUACCUGAUCAAGAAAAAGAAAAAGUGGAUUUGAGGAACCAAAUGACAGAUGAGAGGAGAAAAGCUGAACAAUGGUUGCUCGAUAAUGCAGUGCAACACAUGGUCAGUAAGCUAACUCCUACGAGGAAAACAAGAGUGGCGAUGCUUGUGGAAGCUUUCGAAGCAGUUGUUCCGUUCCCAGAAGUAUGAAUUCAACUGAAGUUGGAGUAAACUUAAUCAAGCAAAUUCUUUGAGAACCUUUUUACGCGAAUUAUGAAGGUAAGCAAAUUAACUAUCUAUACUUCCUAGAAAUAGCUAAAUGUUACUCAAGGAAAAACCUUAAGAUGAACUGAAAUAGAGGAUCUUUUUUGCUUUCCCUUUUCAUUUUGUUCCUUGAAUUAGAGCUUGGACGGGUAACUUUUGAUGAAUCGAAACGAGCUUAUGCACUCAUUUGAUACUUCUACUCCCCAGGGAGAACGCGGACAAGAGUUUACACCUCUCAUUAGAGGCUAACUGAAGAUGAUAGGAUAGAUUUCUAUCAUCACGUGUGAUCCAAAAAUCUACAAUUGGACAGGUAAAUACAAAAGUAAUUUCUGAAGGUUGAUUGUGUUUGACAUUGCUUCAGCACAUAAAAAAUAAAAUAACCCUAUGAUUUUUGUUUUGGAUUUAUGAAUAAAAGAAACUAUUGACUCAAUGAGUACAUGAUCAAAUGAAAAUGUUGCAA